AUGGAGCUUCUCGAUCCCGCAACGGGCGCCGCCCUCCCUAACGACGCUAUCCAGCGCAUUCUCUUCGUCGCUAAUGCCGUCCACGUCUACAACAUUCCUCCCCUGACCUCGACAAAGGGCUACAAUGCUAGCACAUGGACCACCGAUCCUCAGCGCCAUAUCUUCACUGCUCGUCUGCGCGUUCUCGAGACAGCAUACGAAUCGGCCUCAUCAACCAACCAGCUCAAAGUUGACGCUGUACUAGAGGAUGCUUCAACAGGCCAGCUUUUCGCCGCGGCGCCGUAUACCACUCCUGGCGUUGUAGAGCCAGUUCUUGACAGCAGUCGCUUCUUCGCUCUGACGGUGCGCGAUCCUCAGGGACGAAAGGCUAUUCUGGGCAUUGGCUUUGAGGAGAGGAGCGAGGCGUUUGAUCUGAGCAUUGCGCUGCAGGAGGCGAGGAAGGCAUUGGGCUGGGAGGGCGAGCAGAGCAAGCCGGCUGCAGCGAAAGAAAAGGAAGAGCACAAAGAUUACAGCCUCAAGGACGGCGAGACUAUCACAGUGAGCUUUGGCGGGUCCAAGUUUGGAAGAAGGAAGCAGCAAGGAAGUUCGAAUGCAGGAAACUCUGGAGCUGGAGGAGAUCUUCAAUCUUUCGCUCUACCGCCACCUCCUGCUGGCCCAAGCUCUUCUGGUGGCUUCUCAUUACCACCUCCACCAAGUGCAAACGACGUGAAGCAGCAGAAGCAGUCGGCCAAGGAUCUUGGAUUCGACGAUGGGCAAUUUGGAGAGUUUGCGUAA